CCGACGCUCGGCGACAGCGGCACGCCGCGCUCUGCUCCCCUCCGCCGACCUGGCGUGACGCAGGCGGAGACUACUUAAGGGCGGAUUAGAGGCGGUGGCCGCGGAUUCCCCAGCCCCGCAGCCAGCUCUGCGCGCCGCAGCGCGGGAGCGCCAGGUGCCCGCUCCAGUGACAGGCGCUGGGGUCGGUGCGCGGACCCUCCCUCAGACCGCAAGAUCGCCGGGACCUCGGCGCAGACACCGGUCUCCGGCGGGCAGGAGCUCGGCCACCUGCACGCUGCCACCCAGCCCCGCCCCUCGCCGAGAGACUGCGGGAGUCCACCUGACCCCCGGACGGCACCGAGGUGCUGUCCAGCUCUUCCGCACCGCGCCAGCAGCUCCAUUGGUUGGGACGCACAUAGAUUGCUUCCCCCUACUCCCCUCUUUUAAGUGCAAUAAAGGGGGAGGGCCUCGUGGAUUUUUUUAAAACAAUUUUUGUUUGCUUCUUUAAUUGGGGGCAAUUCGCUCCCUGUCAGGAGGUGCGGCCCGGGGAGGGGCCAGGACCAAGAACGUGCCCGAUACUGCCCAGUCUUUGUCUGCUGCCUCCGGAUGCACAGCGAUGGGGGAAUGGACCAUCUUGGAGAGGCUGCUGGAAGCCGCGGUGCAGCAGCACUCCACUAUGAUUGGGAGGAUCCUGUUGACUGUGGUGGUGAUCUUCCGGAUACUCAUUGUGGCCAUUGUAGGGGAGACGGUGUACGAUGAUGAGCAGACCAUGUUUGUGUGCAACACCCUGCAGCCCGGCUGUAACCAGGCCUGCUAUGACCGCGCCUUUCCCAUCUCCCAUAUACGUUACUGGGUCUUCCAGAUCAUAAUGGUGUGCACCCCCAGUCUCUGUUUCAUCACCUAUUCUGUGCACCAAUCCGCCAAGCAGCGAGAACGCCGGUACUCUACUGUCUUCCUAGCCCUGGACAGAGACCCUUCUGAGUCUAUAGGGGGACCUGGAGGAACUGGGGGUGGGGGCAGUGGAGGGAGCAAACGAGAAGAUAAGAAGUUGCAAAAUGCCAUUGUCAAUGGGGUGCUUCAGAACACAGAGACCACCAGUAAGGAGACAGAACCAGAUUGCUUAGAAGUUAAAGAGCUGACUCCACAUCCAUCUGGGCUGCGCACAGCAGCAAGGUCCAAGCUCCGAAGACAGGAAGGUAUCUCCCGCUUCUACAUCAUCCAAGUAGUGUUUCGAAAUGCUCUGGAGAUUGGGUUUUUGGUGGGCCAAUACUUUCUAUAUGGCUUCAGUGUCCCAGGGUUGUAUGAAUGCAACCGUUACCCCUGCAUCAAGGAGGUAGAAUGUUAUGUGUCUAGACCCACUGAGAAGACGGUCUUUCUGGUGUUCAUGUUUGCUGUGAGUGGCAUUUGUGUGGUGCUCAAUCUGGCUGAACUUAACCAUCUGGGAUGGCGGAAGAUCAAACUGGCUGUCCGAGGAGCCCAGGCCAAGAGGAAGUCAGUCUAUGAGAUACGUAACAAAGACCUGCCUCGAGUCAGUGUUCCCAAUUUUGGCAGGACUCAGUCCAGUGACUCUGCCUAUGUGUGAAAGAGCAGGUUUGAGGAAGGCCUGCUGGGUGGCAAGUAGCCCCAAGGCAGAUGAUGUCUCGAGGGUGUACAGGUUUGCCCUCAUUUGCCUGAUGCUCGCUGUGAAGGUCUAGGAUACGAAUAUUAAGAGGUCUUCAUCAACAAGGAGGAGAGGUAGAACUGUCAUCACAUGCCACACCAUCAGUUCUACAGAGACCAUUGGGUAGAGUGACAAGACGGCUAAGCUGGACAUCCUUGGGCCUUUUCUUUAAUGGCCCUUUCUGCUCCUGAUAAUAGUGAACUGGCGUAGCUGCCAAGCAAGAAUUAGCUCUGCUGAGCUCCAUAUUCUGGUGAAUGGCAUGAGUCAAACACUCAUUGAUAUAAAAUUUGUGACCCAUCUCAGCACAUACCUUUAUCCUGGGCUGCAGAAAAAAAAAUCCUGGAGGAUAUUUCUCCCCCUUAAGCAUGCCCCUUUCCCUCAAACCCAGGAUAGCAUGCCAGCUUUUCUUUUUCCUUGAUCUGGCCUUACAUUAGCCCUGACACAGUUUAUCUGCAAGCUAGAGGGAAUUACAUGGGGUGCUUUUUGGAGACUGGCCAGGGCAGAGGUUUGCAGUAGAGCCCCCUAUGACUGGCUCUUAGUCAUUUAAAAAAAAAAAAAAACCUUAGGAAUGUCUCAAUAUUUCCAAUUUUUAAAAACUCAAAUUGCACUGGUGCUGUUUAUUAGGGGUGGGGGAUGGGAGGGAGGGAAUUUCAACAACACUUCUGUGAGAUGGUCAUUUCACUGUUGAGCAUGUGUUUAUGAGCUUUGGGAUAUUUCUGCCUUCUAGAUUAUGGACUGUGGAUAGAAUUAAAAUAUGUGGGGUUUUGUUUUGUUUUGUUUUGUUGUUGUUGUUGUUGUUGAAAUGGAGGGUAUCUACUCAAGCCACAGAAUUUCUAACUGGUAGAUCUUACUAUAAUUUCUUACCUAAUUUUGUGCUACACGGCUGCACGUCAUUUUGCCAUGGUUUGAACUUACCUGUGUGCUCACACCAGAGACCUUAAUCAGCCCAUGUCAAUCCCAACUUAUUAUAUCAUCAGUUAUUUUUGAAAUACACACACAUGCACACAAUCACUGGCUUAACAAACCUGGAAGUAAAUAUUAUCGGUUAAGAUGUGUUUAUGAAUAUUUAUUUGAGACAUAUACCAAAGGUUAAAAAACCUGUUGUUUGGACUGAGACAAUUUUCCUCUCGUUGCUCUUAUUCAUUUAAGUGCCAUAUUCCACCUUUCCCACCCACUGUGCAUUUAGCUGAAGCACUAGGCAAGGGUAGCAUUCAGAUAAUGUGUUUUUAUGGAAGCCCUCUAUUUCCUUUGAAUUCUUCUUCUUAUUAUUAUGGGGUUUUUUUUUUUGAUUUAGAUAUGGAUGUGGUAUGUUAUACAACCGAGGAUUUGUUUAAAAUAAAGUUCUUGCCUUUUUUUGUAAACUGGGAA